AAACUCACCCGGCGCUGAAGACGAAGCGGCCGAAGGUGGCGAAGAAGAGGCGGGCCUGCAGCCCCGGGUGGAGGAAGUACACGGCGCAGAUCCCGUCGCGGACGGCCACCGGGAGUGACUCGUACGCCGACCGCAGCGCAGCCACUCCGGGGAAGUUUUCCGACCUCUCCACUCCGGUGUGCAUGUAGACCACCACGAACCCCGUAGUCCCAACCUGCAACUCCGGGAACACCCGCCUUUCCAGGAAGCUCCGCAGCGCCGCCUCGCCUCCGCCCGCCAUCAACUCCUUCGCUGGCCCACACCCCGAUCCCCGAAUCAGCCGAUCCGAGCGAGCAAAGGAAAAUUAAUCAGCUAACGCAAAAAAAAAAAAAGGAACGCACCCGGGAAGAACUUGCCGACGAUGAGGAGGAUCUUGCGGCCCUUCCUGUCCUUGCCAUGGAUCUGGAAAGCCUCCUCGAGCAUCCUCUCCAUUCGAUCACUGCCCAUCACCUGUUCGACGGAAUGCGUCAAAGAAACAAGCUUUGAAACAUCGGAAGAGGAUGAAGAGACGCAGAGAGCGGAGUCGGUUUUUAAUGGGCAACGCAAUCACGGAGGGAUAACGAUGAGCAGAAUAUUCCCGGGAAUCUUCCGUCGCUCCUCUUGUCGUAGCGGAGCGAAGUUGGACUGCGGCGACCCGGACCGGCCCGGCCCUGCACGUGGCCCACUCAGGUACGACCUUAUCGACUCGCUGUUCAAGAUCGACCCAAAUAAUACCGAAGGCUUAAUCGGCGGUGCCCAUUACUUCAAUCAAUCAAUCAGAGGCACACUUCGCUUGCCGUCGGCAUUGUCAGAUUGCCGUCGUCGUCUCGAAUCAGUCUCCGCCAUCAUUCUCGGAGUGAGAACGUUGGCCAAACAGGAGACAGAUCUUGUAUUGGAAUUGCAUGCAUAUCGACAUCAGGGUUUGAUCGACUGCCGUGAAUCAACCAUGACACGAUAUUUAGAUUUACAGAGCUUCAUUUUGCGAUCUCGUGUACUGAAGUUCUAUAGACAAGCACUAAGAACAGCUCGUCGGGCCCCUAUUCAUGCAAGAGAUGAGCUGAGACAAACCAUGAGGCAGGAAAUAGAAAAGAAUCGGCACUGUGAUGAUAGACAGAAAAUUCGCUUCUUACUAAGUGAAGGCAUGCAGAGACUGAAGGGUCUAGAUGAAAUGCUUGAUAUGAUGGGGCACAACUGAGGCACUUGUUAGGCAUUGAUGCAUUCCUCCUUCAGAGUAAAUGUAUUGAAACUUGGUAACCUUUUAUCUUUCUCGAAGUAGAGAACUGAAAAUGAAAUAAUGAUCAAAACUGAGUCGUUCUUUCAAAUGAUCUUGUAAUUUAUGGGCUAGCAUGACUUAGUUGGAAAUCUUUUGUUUUUACAUUUGC